GUAAAAUUUUGAAAAACAAGUAAGGUUUAUAGACUUUAUUGUUUUUCUCUUGUGAUCCGAAAUGUUUUGCAUAAUUGUGGGCACAGUUAAGAUGAGACUUAUAAAUUUGUUCGGUAUCGGAGUAGCUGUGCAUGUUCUCUUGUAAAUGUUUAUUUUUAUUCUUUCGAUUGUUCUGAAGUAAACUUUUCUAUACUUUAUUACCUUGGCAUGAUGGAUAUAAAGGAAAACUGUUUAGUAUGGGCGCAGAGCUUAUGUUAUUAGCACAUAGCAUAAAUGUUCAUGGAUCUGGGCGCUAAUAACUUCUAACAAUUGCCAUGUACUGCAUUAAACUACCAUUAAGCAUUGUCAUUUUUUUAGUUUUCCCACUGAUUUUUGCACUCUCCCUGAUAUGUACAGUAUGAUGUAAAAUCACAAAGCUAUUUGUUUGUAUAUGACACUGUGUAACCUUUCAUUAUAAUGCCGCGGCCAUCAUGCUACGAUAAUAAUAAAUAGUAUGUCACCGGAUCCUUUCUCUUCUUUGCCCGUUUCCAUCCGGAGGAAAAGUCUUGUUGCACAGCUUGCGUUACAGUAUAGUCAGAGUUGUGAUUUGGCUGGGAGCGUCUGUUGAAUUUCUGGCCGCCAAACACAAUGGAUGAAGAACCAGAGAGAGCCAAGCGCUGGGAAGGGGGCUAUGAGAGGACAUGGGAGGUGCUGAAGGAGGACGAGUCAGGCUCACUCAAAGCCACAGUGGAAGAGAUUCUGUACCAGUCCAAACGGAAAAGGGUGAUAGAGAGCCAUGGGCAAGUGAGGCUUGGAAUGAUGCGUCACGUGUAUGUGGUGAUUGACUGUUCGCGUAGUAUGGAAGACCAGGACUUAAAACCAAACCGCCUCACCUCUACUCUCAAGCUCAUGGAAGUAUUUGUUGAUGAAUAUUUUGACCAAAAUCCCAUCAGCCAGGUUGGUAUUAUCACCACAAAGAACAAAAGGGCUGAGAAGCUGACUGAUCUGGCAGGAAAUCCAAAGAAGCACAUCACUGCUCUGAAAAAAGCUGUGGACACUGUUUGCGUAGGAGAGCCGUCCCUCUACAAUUCCCUCAACCUGGCCAUACAAACCCUCAAGCACAUGCCUGGACAUACGAGCCGGGAGAUCCUGAUCAUCCUCAGUAGUCUCACUACAUGUGACCCAGCCAACAUCUAUGAGCUGAUCAAGACCCUGAAGUCUCUGAAGGUGCGGGUGUCUGUCAUCGGUCUGUCAGCAGAGGUCCGGGUAUGUACAGUGCUGACGAGAGAGACAGGUGGCUCGUACCACGUGAUCCUGGAUGAGAGCCACUUCAAAGAGCUGUUGAUGCUUCACAUCAAACCACCUCCUGCCAGCUCCUCCUCUGAAUGCUCUUUAAUCCGCAUGGGUUUUCCUCAGCAUACCAUUGCCUCUGUGACUGACCAGGAUGCCAAGCCGUCGUUCAGCAUGUCUCAUCUGGACAGCAGCAGUGGUCCAGGUCUGUCUCUGGGAGGAUAUUUGUGUCCACAGUGCCACGCCACUUACACUGAGCUUCCCGUGGAGUGUAAAGUGUGUGGUUUGACUCUGGUGUCGGCCCCCCAUCUCGCCAGAUCCUUUCACCACCUCUUCCCCCUCCAAGCUUUUGUAGAGAGUCCAGUGGAGAACCUCCAAGGAGACAGGUUCUGUCAGGCAUGUCAAGCAGAGCUGAAGGAUAAAAGUAUAUCUCAUGUGUUUGGGUGGAAUCUUUUCACUCCAAAGAGCAAGGAAAUGACACAACAAGUUCAACAGGAAGAUUCCUUUUUUCCUCGGUUCUCAGGAGGAUAUAAACCCAAUUCCACAAAGCUGGGAUGCUGUCAGAUUUAAAAAAAGAAAAAAAACAUUGCAACAAUCACAAACACAUUUCAUUCAGAAAAACACAAGAUGUUUAAACAGAGGCAAAUUGUUUCACAAAAGGUAUUUGCUAAUAAGGCGAGAGACAGACUUUCUCAGGAGUGAAGAUGGAUAGUUUCACCAACCUGCACAAAACUGCAUCUUUGAAAAUUUGAACAAUUUUAAUGUACCUCAUUGUGAAAUUGUCAAAACUGUGACUUGUGCCAUCAUCUUCAGUUCAUAAUAAUAAUUAUAUAAGUGUCUCCAUGCUGCCCCUUUUGUAUCAAUAUUAUUGUUGUUAUUAUAUGUAUAUUUAGUUGUUUUUUUUAAAGAUUAAAUAAUUAUUUAAAGUAUAUGUAAAUAUAAAUUUAUACCCAUCUGAGAAUGAAUGCAGAUAGGAUAAGUCAGCAGACUACUUGAUUAUUUACAGAUUUAAGCAGCACACAUUUCCACCCACAUGUGCUGGCUGGCAGAACUUAAGUUUUGGUGAAAUCAGGGGCCCGCCUUCAGUUGCUGUGACACUUUGUGCCCUGCUGGAUUCAUUUAGAUUUUUUCUUGUAAAAAUUGUAUAAUGUCUUUAUCUGCUUUUUAUUUAUUUGC